UGUUAAGUGUCUGACAGUAUGGAAAGAGUCUCGCUCAAGGAGAAGUCUCAUUGUGAAAUCUGGCAAAGUGAUGUGUUGCCGUAAGACAACAGUGGAAUAGUGGAAUACAUUUAUGGAGGAAACGUGAGUGCCAGCUGGGCAGAGUUUGUUGUGUUGGAGUACAGAAAGCGUAGCUUAGUGUUAUCUAAAAGAUUUUCAAUGUCAUGGCUGAAUAUUGAGAUGAUUUCCAUAAUGUGGAUGAGGUCUUUGAAUUUGAUGGCUGCACGUUUUUAUUUAUGAGCCAGAGUACACAGAUAUUCCGAUUUCACAACGAGACUUCUCCUUGAGCGGGAAAGGUAAGAAAAACAUUAUAUUUCUCUGUCAGUGGCAAGAACAAGCACUGGUAGUGGACGUAACGUUACAUUGACACUGCUCACUUGCCCUCGCAGCUCGUUUCACGGCUGCAGGUUACAGCGUUCUCCCUCAAUACUGGACCAAUAUCAGAAAUUGUUGUCCCCAUUAGUCACUUAGACACAAAAACAUGGGAAAAUAGAAAUUUAAUUUACCCUUUAAUGUCUUCCUUCUAAUGAUGUCAAACUAAGUUUGUAUCUAAAUGUCUUCAGCAUGAUUUGGGCCAAGUGUUGUACACACGCACGACAGCUAAAACAAGGCUGUAAUUCACCACCAGCACCACUCAUCAUGAUACUCCCACAUGACUAAUUGGUUAAGUGAGUCUGUACCAUGACGAAGACAAUAUCAAGUCUGGAGCGUCUGAAGAAUUCAAACAGACUGAAAAAGACAACCGGAGCAGAUCCAGGUCAGAGAGGCUGCAGAGGGACAGACGUAGUGUGUUUUGUGUUUCUGACCAUCACUGUGUUUAUAAAGAGCUGAUGUGAGCAGAGGAGGAGGAGAGAAGAGACGGAGAGAGCAAAGGGAUGAAUGGAGUCAUUGUCUGGUCUGUGUGUGUGCUGAAUGAGGGGGCGGUGUGUUUUUGUGUGUCUCAAAACAAACCGUGAGCAAUCAGUGUCAUGUGAGAGGUUAAUGUUACACCAAGAUGUGGCGCGUCUCGUAAACAAAGAGAUCACGUUAAAUAACUGUUACAUCCGUGAACUGUUCAUGUGGAUAAAUGCAGAAAUACAUGACUUCCUCAAACAUAUAUUUCUCAAAAACUAUCCCGGUAAAGGUGGAAUCUUUACACCACUUGGCCACUUGGGGGCAGCAGAACCAAGUUCGCACAGAGAAAGAGUGAUUUCAUUCUCUGCUCAGGUCAACGUAUCCGCAUACAACGGUUGUCCAAUUGAAGAGCUUCCUCCUGGGACCCCCUGCUGACUGAUAACAAGCACAACUCUGUACAAGUGCGGGUGCUUCAUGAGUGUGUGCACAUAACCUCCCCUCCACCUCUGUGUGUCUGCGUGUGUGUGUGUGUGGCACCAUGCUGUGGACAGUGAUACUAGCACUGCUGGUGCUUCUGCUGCUGCAGACUCAGCUGUCUAUGUGCUUAAGGGAAUUACGCAGCGGGGGUUCCAGCUCCCCUGCCUACUCCUCUUCAUCAUCAUCCUCCUCCUCCUCUCACAAUGCCACCCAGCUGCGGUUGCCCGGGGCGAUUAUUAUUGGCGUGCGGAAAGGCGGCACCAGAGCCCUGCUGGAGAUGCUCAACCUGCACCCAGACGUGGAAGUGGCAAAGGCCGAGGUGCACUACUUCAACCUGGAGGAGCACUUCCGCCGAGGCCUGGCCUGGUACCGAGCCCAGAUGCCCCUUACCUUCCCUGGUCAGCUGACAGUGGAGAAGACCCCCGGCUACUUCGCGUCCCCUCAGGUUCCUGCACGUGUCUGGGACAUGAACCCCGCCGUCCGCUUGUUGCUCAUCGUCCGGGACCCGGCCGAGAGGCUGAUCUCUGACUACACCCAGGUCCUCCACAACCGCCUGACCCGCCACAAGCCCUACCAGCCGCUAGAGGAGCUCCUCAUUCACAAGGGCCACAUUGACCCAGGGUACAAGGCGCUGCAGAGGAGCCUGUACCACCAGCAUCUGGCUCGCUGGCUGGAGGUCUUCCCCAGGGAGCAGAUCCACGUGGUGGACGGCGACGCGCUCAUUCGGGAUCCCUUCCCCGAGCUGAGGAAGGCCGAGAGGUUUCUGAACCUGCCGCCCAGGAUUAGCCCCAACAACUUCUACUACAACACCACCAAGGGCUUCUACUGCCUCCUGUCUGCCGGGCACGACAAGUGCCUGGACGAGUCUAAAGGCAGGCCGCACGCGCCGCUGAGCACCCAGGCCUUUAAGAAGCUUUGUCACUACUUCAGGAAGCCCAACAAGUUGUUCUUUGAAAUGGUGGGGAGGUCGUUUUCCUGGUGCUGAUCCAGCGGCUAAAAGAGACAAAUAAUGUCAACACAUUCAGGGAGACGGAGGGAGAGAGACAACUGUGGUUCGUGUGUUUUUGUAGGUAGAUGAGUGGAACCAUUUUAGUUCAAUUAAAGUCAUAAACAUCUCUUGUUGUUGAUACCUACUCAGGUAUAAAUGUGGCCAACUAAAGCAGCACAUACAGUAUGUGUGUGAAGACAUGUUGAGCUGCUCGCGUUGAAACAAACCUUUACCGUGACCCUACUGGUGCCUCCUUGGAUGGAUAGACUCACCUGACCAAGCCACGACAACCGUGCCAUACGCAAGUUUGAACGUGAAAACACAACUGACUGCUUGUUAGUGCUCAUUUGUGGGGUGUUAAAAGAAGAUGUGUGGACUUUGAAGUGACGUAGAAAUAGUGGUGAAAAGAUGGUUGAAUUAAUGAAUUGUUGCACUAUGAACUCUAUUUGCAUAAAACAAGGUUCAGUGUGGACAAUUUCAAACAGAAACCAACUCCUUGCUUUGAUUUUUCUCAACAGUUGUAAUAUAUGUGUGUGUAUGUGUGUGUGUGUGUGCUAGUUGAGUCAUCCAGUUUACUUCAUUCUUUUGUUAUUUUACAAGACUGCCUUUUAGAGAAACUUUUAGUGAAAAUACCUUCUUUUUUUUAGCUCUUUUGAAAGUAGACACCUUGAAAACUUGUUUUUUGUUUCUUAUUUCCAAUGUAGUUUGUGUUUUUCUAAGAUGUCCUUCUAAUAAAUGUGUUCAGUCCUACA